AUAAAUUAAGACAAUCAAAACGGCGGGUGCCUUCCUAUUCUCCCUCAUUUCACUUUGUUUCUCUCUGAUUCAGCGUGAUUACACCCAAUUCCACUUCGAAGUGGGAGUCAUUAAGUCAGAUUCGCUCGUUGUGUCUAGUUGAUAGUGGUCAAGGUCCACGAUGGGAUUUCUAUGUCGAGUGACUCUAGCAGUAUUUGUGGUGUUUAUUGCAUUCUCGGCCUACAAGUUCCGGGAACUUACUAAACCAAUAGAGGCUCCUAAAUUUGAUCUAGAUGAAUACUGGGGGCCAGGCAAGAAGUCAGAUUACAAGGAGAACACGGAAGUGGUGAAAUAUGAAAUCUCUUUUCCGGAUAAAGUGAUCGAAGCUUUGAGGAAAGAUUUAAAUAGAACAUUCAAAUUCCAACCUCCACUCGAAGGUGUUGGGUUUGAAUAUGGAUUCAACACGGCUUACUUACCAAAAGUCAUAAAAUAUUGGCGAGACGAAUACCUGCCUAAAUGGAGAACACGGGAACUCUUUUUGCGGAAAUGGUCACAUUUUACAACCAAUAUACAAGGGUUGCGCAUCCAUUACAUUCACCAUCGAUAUGAAAAUCCACCAAAAGGAAAGAAAGUAUUUCCACUUCUGCUCCUCCAUGGCUGGCCUGGUUCCGUACGAGAAUUUUAUGAUAUGAUACCUCUUCUAAUUGACAACGCUGAUAGUAAAUAUGCAUUUGAAAUUGUCAUCCCUAGUUUACCAGGAUAUGGUUGGUCGCAAGGUUCAGCUAAGCCAGGACUUGGAUCAGCUGAAAUAGCGGUGAUAUUCCGCAAUCUAAUGUUCCGAUUAGGUUACAAGAAAUUCUUCAUUCAAGGAGGUGACUGGGGAUCAUUGAUUGGAUCGAAUAUCGCUACACUAUUUCCAGAGUCGGUUUUAGGAUAUCAUUCCAACCUGUGUUGGGUUAAGGGACCUCUUUCAAUAAUCAAAAACAUUAUUGCUAGUUAUUAUCCAAAACUCUUCGUUCCUGAGGGAUAUGAGGACUUUUUCUUCCCACAAUCGGAAAAGUUCAAAUACCUAAUUGAGGAAAGUGGAUAUAUGCAUAUCCAAGCUACAAAACCAGAUACAAUUGGAUCUGUACUAACGAGUAAUCCCGUCGGUUUGGCUGCUUAUAUUUUGGAGAAAUUUUCAACUUGGACAAACAAAGAUUACAGAAAACUAAGUGAUGGAGGUUUGGAGAAAAAGUUCACACUGGACGCCCUGCUGGAUAACAUUAUGAUAUACUAUUUGACCAACUCAAUCACAACAUCGCAACGUCUUUAUUCAGAAAGUUUCAAUUUGCGUGAACUCACACUGCAAUUGGAACGUAUCCAAACAAACGUCCCUACAGGAUGUGCCCGCUUCAAACAUGAUGUAGUUCAUGAUUUGGACUGGGUUUUCAAAGACAAAUAUACAAAUCUUAUCCAUAGUACAUACCAUAAUGAUGGCGGCCACUUUGCGGCUUUUGAAUUACCCCAAGUCUUAUACAAAGAUUUUAUCGAAUUUGUUGAAAAAGUUGUUAAGUUAAAUAGUUUCUAAGUUUUGAUUGUGGUAUUAUACUGAAUAAUAAACUGGUUUGUUAUGA